GUGAUUUUCUCGUUCAUUUGCCCUUUUCUCCUUCCGGUUCUCUCUCUCUCUCUCUUCAUGGCAUAACUCUUAAUCUUAUUUUGUGGCAUGCAAUGGCCUCUCUCUUCCACAAUCCAAAUCAUUCAGAUACAAAAAAGGACCAAUAAUUACUUUUUCUUUGUGAAUGUUUUUCGAAACGUACAUUUUUCAAGCCGUUCUGCUGUUGACCUUUUAAUACUUGGAUUUCCAACAUUUCUACGUUUUGUGAGUGUGUGAGGCCUGUGGAGAGGAGGGUGAAAGCAUGGACCUUGUCUGGAUAACAGUGUCUCUUUCUCUCUUUUUGAAGUGUGUGGAGUGCUCAGGAACAGCAAAAGAAUGGACAUAUGCAGGUGCUGUGGGACAGCCAGAAUGGGCCGAGUUUUUUCCUGACUGUGGUGGUUCCAGCCAGUCACCCAUAAAUGUGGACACAUUGCAAACACUACAUGACCCAACGCUAAUCCCUGUGCAGCCCCUGGGAUACAACCAGCCUGGUAACAGACCAUUCAUCCUCUCCAAUAAUGGCCAUUCAGUGCUGAUGACAUUGCCACAUUGGAUGGGCUUGGCUGGGUUGCCAUGGUAUUAUGGUGCUGCACAGCUGCACCUGCACUGGGGUAAUGGAGUGGGCGUAGCUACAGGAAGUGAACACACCAUUAAUGGACAGAGCACUUCCGCAGAGCUCCAUAUUGUCCAUUACAAUACAGAGGUUUAUGCUAAUAUGACCGAAGCUGCGACCCAAGAAAAUGGCUUGGCUGUGUUAGGGAUUCUGAUUGAGGCAGGUGAAAAUAAUAAUCAGGCAUAUGGUAAUAUUCUCAACUAUCUGGUCCGGAUCAGAUAUGCAGGCCAGAAGGUGGCUAUCCCUGCAUUUGAUGUACAGUCACUGUUGCCUGACAACCUCAGUGAAUAUUUCCGCUACAAUGGCUCACUCACCACGCCACCCUGCCACCAGAGUGUCCUCUGGACCAUCUUUAAUGAAAGGGUGAAAAUAUCUCAUUCACAGCUAAUGAAAUUAGAGACACUGUUGUACUCCAGCAAAGAAAAAGAAGCAGAGCCCAUGGUUCUCCAGGAUAACUAUCGUGCCACCCAGCCACUUAACAACAGAACCGUCCUGUCCUCUUUCAUAGCUGUUCAAAUUCAAUUUUAUACUGCAGGUGAAAUCACAGCGAUUGUGAUCGGGUCUCUUUGUGGAUGUAUAGGUUUGGCUGUUAUCAUCUACUUCAUUGUGAAAACUAUUCGCUUAACUUCAAGCUGGGAUGUCCUGCCAAGUAUCCGACCUGCUCCUGAGCCCAGAACACAAGAUGUGGCAACAGAACACAAACAGGAUAUGGCUUUAAACCCUACUUCUAAUCCUGGAAAACCAGAGGAAGAUGCCCCUCAGCCUAAAACUUGAUAUUUAACCUUCCAUGUGUAUCUUGGAAAUUGCUUUUUUCUUGUGAAAAUGCAAAAGAAAAUAUGGUUUCACUUUAUUUUGAUAGUCCCUUUAACACAUUCUGUUGACUAAGUAACGUUGCAGCUACAUGUCUACUAACUCUAGAUAGAGAGUUACUAAAGUAUUAGGAGACUGGUAGGGUUGAGGCCCCGAUAUACUAAUGAGAAAGUUCUUUUUCGUUCUUAUUUUUGGGUUAAAACGAAGUUCAAAAUAUGUGAGCAGCGAUAUACUGUUAGUGAAUACCUGACGCUGCCAACACUGCUGAGAGCAACGAUUAGAUGAAUAUGUAAAUAUGUGCUGCGGGCUUCUCUCAAUAACAAACUAAACACACAAUAAUAUUAAGAAAACAGUUUUUAUUUUUUUAAAUAAAGCAUAAGAAGAGAUUGUUUAUACAAUGUUUAUACAAUAGAUUGUUUGAAAUCAAGCAGUUUUACCACAUUAAACAACAGUGUCAGUGUCUCUUUACAUCAGAAAUACAACUUUAUUUUCUACUAUAAAGCAGCUUUCCAGCAUGUUCAUAAUCUAACUUGUGAGUCACGUCUCACCUCAACAGACUGGAACAGGAGAAAUUAACUGGAAAAUAUUUCCAUGAGAAAGAAGGCAGAGCCUUCAUGCACACCUACCUUUAUUGCCAUGGACCAAUGGUAGUACAAAGGUGUUCCUUUGUCAAGCUGUUUCGGACUCCCAAAACGAACUCCAAAUGAAGUUCAUUUUGGCCAGAUUUUGUUCGAAAUUACGGCAUAUCGGUUCAUUCUUCGUUUUCGCUUGAAGUAUAGUAUAACCUCAGGUAUGUCAAGAAUAGGGUUAGAAAGGGUUAGAAUAAGUUGACAUGUACUUGCAAAGUUACUUAUAGUUUGUAGAAAGUCUGUUGGGGGACCGUCACAAUAAAGAGUUAGCAGGUAUUAAAUAGAGGGUCAACUAAUAGUCAAAUGAGAGUUAGUUGACAUGUAGUGGCAAACUUCCUUAUAGUCAACUGAAUGUUUCAAAAGGGGACCGUCAAAAUAAAGUGUUACCGAAAAUCUAUGCUUUUAACUGUCUCUUAUCUUUUCUAAUUUCUUAGUAAAUGUAAACCGUUUUUUUAUUGUCACCUUUUUCUUAAUGUUAUUAGUAUGGCUCUCACUGUGUGUGGUUUUGUGGAGAUACUUGUUUUGCAUUCUCUUCACCACAGCCAUUUCGAUUAGCCUUUAUUAAAAUUACCUCUUAUGACUGUGAAUUACACCUGUACAUAUUAUAAAUAAAUCAGUAGAUUACUGAAAUGAUAUCAUGAUUUCCCCAUGUGGUGAAAUGUUGUGAUAUUGUAGGCGGAUAUAAAGUGAUUGUGGUAUGUGUUGGAUGAUACAUAACUGAAUCAUUAAGAAGGAUACCCAUUAAACUAUUUAAUUUGUACUGAUAAGGUGGGUUAGGAUAAUCCACCUGAUAAUUAACCCACCUGGGCAAGUUUAGGAUAGCUCAGUCUCCCUGAGCAAGUCACUACCCAGCAAACAAAUUUAGGUUCUGGUAACGUUCUGGGAAUGUUCUCCUUAUGUUAUAAAAAUGAAACCUAAAAAUAACCAACAUGGAACUUUCCAAUAGUGUUCUUGUUUGGUUCUCAAAAAAAUAACCUCAUGGGACCAUUUGGGAAUGUUAGGGGAACGUUCUGUGUUUGCUGGAAGCACCAGCAGUGGUAACACUGGCAGGUACUUGGCUCUGAGAUGCUAAUACAAAUGUAGCUGGUGUAGCAUCAGGUUAAAAUGGCAAGAGGUGAUUAUAUUUAUCUUCUAAACAUUCAGUGGGUCUUGAACAUAGAGAGGGAGACAUCAAAUUAUAAUGUACGGUGUUCGUUGAGAGGUUAUCAUCUUUUUCUGUUUAGUUUUUGGGUUCCCGUUUUCCCUUGUUUCCUAGUUAGUCUCCUAGAUUGUUAAUUAGUUUAUCACGCCUGUUUCUGUUCUCCCUGAUUCCCCCACAUGUAUUUAAGACCUGAGUUUUCCUUGGUUCCCUUUCAGAUAUUGUCAAUCUCUUAAGUUUUCCAUUGUGGAUUUAUUAAAUAAAGACUCUUUUGUUUUCA